AUGGAGCGUUGGUCUUCCCCACCCUUCGUGCUCUGGCCUCUGGCCUUCCUGCUUUUCCUGCAGCUGCCCACCGCGGGGUCCAUAGCUCCUCAGCCUCUCACUCCCGUGUCUGUGUCCACAGAGGAGUUCCUGGUGAUUGGCCCCUUGGACCCUAUUAUUGCUGUGGUGGGAGACAACAUCACAUUGCCCUGUCGUGUGUCUCCGGCCAUGAAUGCAGAGAACAUGGAGCUGAGGUGGUUCCGCUCUAAGUUCUCACAAGCUGUGUUCAUCUACCAAAACCACCAGGAGGAGAAGGAGGAGCAGCUGGCCCAGUACACGGGGCGAACCUCUCUGGAGACAGACCUCCUUUCCCAGGGGGAGGGUAACAUUCACAUCCACAAGGUCCAGGUUUCAGAUGCAGGAAAGUAUACCUGCUUCUUCAGGAAGGAAGGUUUCUCUAAAGAAGCUGUUUUGGAGCUGAAGGUGGUAGGUAUGAACUCUGCCCCCCAGGUGCACAUCACAGGAACUGAGGAAGACGGGGUCCGAGUGAUGUGCAGGGCGGUGGGCUGGUUCCCCAAGCCCCAGGUGCAGUGGCGAGACUCCAGUGGGGAGAAGUUUCUGGCCUUCUCAGAGACCCAGGCCCAGGACGCUGAGGGGCUGUUCAGCGUGGAAGCAGCGCUGGUGGUGAGAGACAGCGCCGUGGGAAACGUGACUUGCUCCAUCCUCAACCCCACCCUGGGCCAGGAGAAGGCCAUGGCCAUAUUUAUCCCAGAGCCCUUCUUUCCCAAGGCCUCUCCGUGGAAGCUGGUCUGUGUGGUGUGUGUGCCCUUGCUGACGUUCCUGAUCCUUGGCGCUGCCUAUUACACCUGGAGAGAACGUUCCAUAAAGGUGCAGGAGAGGCAGCAACGAGAGGAGCUGCACCAGGAUUGGGAGGAGGAUGAGCAGGCAAAGAGGGCAGCACUGAAGGCCAUAGGUGAACUGCAGGCAAAUUUAGACCAGAGGAAGCUGGAGUACUUGACUGCCUGGAGAAAGGCCCUGCUGUACGCAGAUUGGCGCAAGGACAUAUUCCAGACCUGGCCUGUCACUCUGGAUCCAGGAUCUUCCAGUCCUGGAAUUGUCGUCUCUCACAAGAAUACAAGUCUGACCUUGAAGGACACUGCUACAGCAUCAGGAGAGAGACGUAGCAUCUUAGGCCUUGAGGGCAUCACAUCGGGGCGCUGUUGCUGGGAGGUGGAAAUCAGGAAUGGAGUCAAAAGUGUUUGGGCUCUGGGGGUCUGUAGAGAAGAUGUGAAACGGACAGGCUGGUACCAAGAGUCUCCACAAAAGGGGUUCUGGGUUGUGGGGAAUUGUGAAGAUGGAUUUCAUGCUUUUACUACUCCUUGGACUCCUCUGUCCCUUCGUCAGGUUCCCCAGAGGCUGGGGGUUUUCCUGGACCCUGAGGAAGGGGAUGUCUCCUUCUAUAACAUGACUGAUGGCUCCCACAUUUUCUCCUUCUCUCAUGUUUCCUUCUCUGGCACCCUCUUUCCGUACUUUAGGAUUCAAUCAGGAGACGUGUCCCUGUCCAUCUGCUCCGUGGUGCCUGGGCCUGAGCUCCCUGUGCCCAUGAACAGUUUUCCUUUUACUCAGGAGGAGCCUGUGAGCUCAGACUCUGGUGUUGAUGGUGCUCCCCCAGGGCCCACAUCUCCAUUACUCUGCUGA